AUGGAUGAAUAUGCAGAGUACAUCUACCAGCGGAGGCCAGAGUACAGGCACCUGUCAGCAGGAGACAUGACGGUGCAGAAGGACCUGAGGAACAGCCUCAACUGUAAGAGCUUCAAGUGGUUCAUGACAGAGGUGGCCUGGGACCUACCCAAGCACUACCCACCUGUGGAGCCCUCUGCUGCCGCCUGGGGAGAGGUACAAUUCUCAUCUAUUAGUGUCUUUAGAGAGAGACAACAACAGCUAGAAGAAGAGAAAGUUAAGAGAUAGAGAUAAGAGUGAGAGAGAUGACAGAUGGAGAGAAAGUUAGAAGAGAAAGAGAGCAAGAAAGACAGAGACAGUGUCUGGCCUAUGACAGCUGUGUGUCACUGUCACUUCAGCCAUCAGAGGGCCAAGCUCCUGCCACAGCAUCCUCUUCGUCAUUACUCAUCACUCACUUUUUCACUAAAGAAGAGAGCUGACAAGAGUUCUGAGAGAUCCAGACAGCCCUAGUCAGUGGUUAAUACAGUGACUAGUAUUGAAUGAUGACUGCAUUUUUGUCUUUCUCUGUUUGUCUGCCCCUGUGUGUGUUCUAGCUGCGCAAUGCAGGCAGUGACAUGUGCAUGGAGAGCAAACACUUUUCGUCUGGGUCGCCCGUCCGCCUGGAGACAUGUCUGAAGGGGCGGGGUGAGGCCGGGUGGAGCCAUGGACAGGUGAGGAGCUUAGUACACACCACUGAAUACAGACAUCUGUCUGCCGUGAAAAGCGCUAGUUUUCCUGUAGUUUUGCAUACAGAUAACUUCCUUUUGUACUGUACAGACAGCGCUCUGCCUUCAUAAGCACUACACGCACACGCACACACAUACACACACUGGUGCACACACAACUUCAUAAUCUCUACUGUUCUAAUGGAGCCCCAUUUAUUCCCCUUGUUAUCCAAAAUAUGUUUUAGCAGAGCUCAUAACCAAACGUUGAUGGAUGGCCAUGUUUUCUUAUUAUUUUCUAAGUUGCCUGCUCUGACACUGCUUUGACAGUUUAAUUAUAGUAAUUUAAAGAGCUGUUGUAUUUUAAUCUCUGUCAUGGUUGCAAUUUGUAUUCAAUGCUGGGAUGACAAACAGCAUCCGUGCAAAUCAAAGAACUCUGUCUGGCUGCAGUCCAACUCAGGGCCUUUUGAAUGUGACAGCAGAGGAGCCCCUUUACAAAUAACUAUUCUAUCCCCCAUGAGUGAAAAUGCCUGGGGGAGACCGAUGUGUGAUCUCCCUUGGACGGUUCUCUUCAACCCUGGUUCUGAAGACUCACAGGGUGUGCAGGCUUUUGUUCCAGCUUAUUACUAACAAAGUCUUAAUGAUGAAUUAAAUCAGGUGUUAGUACUGAGCUAGAACAAAAGCUUGCUCUGUGGUUCUUCAGGACCAGGAGUGACACUGGCUCCAAGAGGAGAGCUGGAGGUGGAGGCCCAUCUCUGGAGGUGAUCUGAUCCAGGUUGUCUCUGCCCCCUCCAGGUGUUCACGUUUGGCUGGCGGGAGGACAUCCGGUUGGGGGGCCCCAUGCACACCAAAAAGGUCUGCUUCGAUGCAAUCUCCCACAACAGCCCCGUCACCCUGUACGACUGCCACGGCAUGAAGGGCAACCAGCUGUGGCGCUACAGGAAGGUAAGGUCUCUCUUUCUCACACACACGUCAUUUUUUCAUGUAUGAAAAAUACAAGUUUGUGAGUUGGUUGUGAUGCACUUCUUUGCUCCAGCCAAGCAGCAGUCUUUGAGAUGUAUUUUUGAUCCUUUGUAUUUCCUUUUCCUUCUGAUAAAAUGUCACAGGCUGCUUGCUAAGGCAGUUUUUUCUUAGAUAAAAAACAUGACAUUCAGCUGUUAAAGGGAUACUUCGGGAUUUUGGCAAUGAGUUUGAAGGAAGUUGCCAACUAGCGUUUGCGCAAUUGCUAACUAGAGUUGGCGCAAUGACUGGAAGUCUAUGGUAACAGCUAGCAUGCUAGUUGUUACCAUAGUCUUUCAUUCAUUGAGCUAACGCUAGUUAGCAUUGGCUCACAAAACUACCUCUAACUUCCUUCAUACAGGAAGCAGAGACAUACAAAUUGUAUCCAUUAGUUCAUCUGACUCUGGGGAAGUAGAUAAAGGGCUUCAUUGCCAAAAUCACAAAGUAUCCCUUAAAGCUGUGUACCCAGUUAGAAGAAGAAAAAAAAUCCUUGUUUUCCAUGCAGCAAAAUAAAUAUUUUGAUAUUAAAUGACCUUUUUAGAAAAUAUUUUUAUUUAAAUGUACUAUAACUAAAUAUAUCAUUAUCAUCUCUCUCCUCUUUUCUCUCCCUCAUCUCUGUAGGAUAAAAGUUUAUACCACCCCAUCAGUAACAGCUGUAUCGACAGCAACCCCACAGAGAGGAAGGUGUUCAUGAACACGUGUGACCCCAGCAUCCCCAGCCAGCAGUGGGUGUUUGAGAAGACCAACACCACCGUCCUGGAGACGUUCAACCGCAAUAGCAACUGA